UUCUCUCCAAUCUACGCCACACCUUUGUCUCUCCGCCAGGGACGGGUUUCCUCCCCAAGGACACAGCUGCUCACCACCGAAGAUGGGUAGUCCGCCUCGUCAAGCAGGCCAUCAAGCAGGCCGGAAUCCAGAUUGAAGAUAUCGACUGCAUAUGCUUCACUCAAGGGCCCGGAAUGGGAGCUCCUCUAUCAAGUGUAGCCAUUGCUGCAAGGAUGCUGAGUCAACUAUGGGACAAACCUCUAGUGGGUGUGAAUCAUUGUGUGGGACAUAUUGAGAUGGGACGAGCCAUCACAAGGGCACAGAAUCCCGUGGUGCUAUAUGUAUCAGGAGGUAACACGCAGGUCAUUGCAUACUCUGCGCAGCGUUACCGCAUCUUUGGAGAAGCCUUGGAUAUCGCUGUAGGCAAUUGCCUGGAUCGUUUCGCGAGAGUCUUGGAGAUCUCGAACGAUCCGGCACCAGGAUACAACAUCGAACAGCUCGCCAAGGGAGGCAAAGUCCUGCUCGAGCUACCCUACGCCGUCAAAGGCAUGGAUGUGAGCUUCAGUGGUAUCCUGGCCAAGGUAGAGGAAAUGGCACAUAGAUUGGGUCACGAUUGGAAAGACGAAGACAGUGGUGAUCUGGUCACAAAGGAGGAUCUGUGCUUCACGCUGCAGGAGACUGUCUUUGCUAUGUUGGUCGAAAUCACAGAGCGGGCGAUGGCACAUGUAGGAAGCUCGCAAGUGCUCAUCGUGGGCGGCGUAGGCUGUAACCUCCGACUGCAAGAGAUGAUGGGCAUCAUGGCAAGUGAGCGUGGAGGCAGCGUCUUUGCUACGGAUGAGAGGUUCUGCAUUGACAACGGUAUAAUGAUCGCACAUGCUGGCCUGCUGGCAUAUGAGAUGGGCUACAGGACGAAGCUGGAAGAAUCCAUGUGCACUCAACGUUUCAGGACUGAUGAAGUCCUCAUCAACUGGCGUGACUGACAUGCUCACGUUUCCAGAUCAGACUGCCUAUAUCGCUCCCCUGGGUCUUGAGCGUCUCACCUGGUGUUCCACAUGCUUACAUACUCAAUCAUGUUGGGUUCUUUGCCGAUACCAAAUCAUGCCUACUAUAUUGACACCGCACCAAUACGUGUCACCUUAGCAUGCAAGAAGUCUGGUCUUCUGAUCAUGUGGGAUCGCUGGAAACCCGCCGGUAGUAACUUUAUGCUACACUUCAACAUCAUCGCGCUGCCUUGCAACCCUGCUGCAGCCUCAGCUCUCCUGCUAGUGGUGUCUUCAGCUGCGGCAUUAGCAGUGAUCUGGCCGGCGUAUGGCGCAUGCCAUGUUAUUCUUGCAUUGAGGCACUGAUGUGGAGCAGAGCGACAAUGCUACCACAGCCCAAUGCUCGAGGAAACGCAAACCUGCCGUAGCACAUUGUCUCUGCAUCGCGAUGCUUGGCAUAUCCAGCGCGCCAAGAAUUCGACUGCUACCGUCGGGCAGGCCUCAGCUAGCGUUCUCUGCCCCAAGUCAGCUAUGUAACGCUACCCUAGACGUACCUAUGUUAUUACGAUUGGGACCCGCAGAAGUGAGACCCUGGACGACGUGGUCAUGCAGCCUUUAGCUGUGGGUAUAAGUCUCGUCAAGACCAGCUUGGACAAGCCUGACAUGUUGUCGAUUUGGAAGAGGUCUAGUCUGAGGAUAGGUUCCCGCCACAGACCUUAUCCCGGAGACUCAGUCAAACGGGCAAGUCCUUUGGGACUUUGCAAGGCUCUCAUCAAUAGCCCACCUGCUCCUGUCGAUACAUAAGGUAGCGCCAUAUGUCAGCAUACAUUUCCAAUCCCGUUGUGGCUACCGCGGACUCCGUACCGAGGACCCUGUGAUAGCUAUGUGUACUUUGGCUACGAAUACUAAUCAAAGGGGCAAGAAUGUUCUUGACUGCGUUAUUUGCCUGCGUUCGUAUAGGAACCACCUACGUCCGAAAGGCGAAGGGGAAGCCCUGGAUGGUGUCAAUGCCGACCUGUACGACGAGGCCGCCGAUCCUAUCUAGACCAACAAGAUGCGAUCCGAACGGAAGUAAGAUCCAGAGAUGGCUGACCUGUGUUGUCAAACCAUUUUCCACAUUCGACAAGGCCACCUUCGCCGCAAUGUAGACUCUCUUUCACGAUGUUCAUCUUAUGUCCAGCGUUCCGAAGCCCCUGCCACGCAUCCAAGUCUUCGAGUCAUAUGUGACACGAGGUGACCCAUUCUCAACUGCUCCAUCCGCUCCUUUGGAUCAGUAGGAAGCCGCGCGUGUAAUCGCAAGCCGACACGCGAAGUAAACGCGCCUCUGCCUCUGCCUCUGCCCGUGCCCGAGCACUUUGCACAAAUUGCCGAAGUUGUGGAGCCUCCCUUCACUACCCUCCUCUUCUCGCGAUGAUGCUGGCGGAACGAGGGCCAUAGGAAGCUAUCCGUGUCGAAGAUGUUCACCAGCGGGUCGAAAGUAUUGUGGCCCCACGAGAGCACCUAGGCUUGUCAGAAGCCUCUCGUUCUAAGAGGCAACAUGCACGAUGGCGGCGAGCUCAGCCUCAUGACUAUCGUUGCUGCGGAAACCUUGCACCAGAAGACGCCCAGUAGGACAGAGUCAGGAUGACUUUGACGGUGCAGUAUUGCUCUGGGGGGAUAGUGGUUUGCCAUCACUCCGCAGGUGUCGCGUCGAUGCAGCAAUACACCAUUCUACGCCCGACACAUGGGAGAAGACGACGCUGUCGAGCUUGUCGUGAUCGCUGCGAGCAUCCUCGCGUGCUGAGGGUCUCGACUCACAUGGAGACAAAGUGUUGUGGGAUGUUCAGGAAAGAAAGCAUGUUCUCCGCUUCACUCAGUCGCCAUAUCUGCCUGUUCGAUGAGCUGCAAAAUACGAGAUCUAGGCAGUAGUGGCGCAUGAUAAGGGGGCCUAUUCACACCGUAGGGGAGUUCCCGAGAAACGUAUGGAGGCCUGGUACAAGAUGUGGGAAGAGGCUGGCACAAUGGUCACGCGUGGUGAGAGUGAAUGGGAAACGAGUCACAAUCGCACGGGAGCGUCCCGGUGAGAAUUUCGCGGUCGCCCACCCAACGUAUAAAAGACGUGCCUCUUUCCUGGGAAACCUGCGCUUCUUUCUCCCACUACCACACACAAACCACCUCCCGCCUCUGUCCAGAACCACUCCUCUACCCCACCCACCAUUGACAAACAGGACAUCAUGUCCGACGCACAGGAGUCCUCCGACACCUCCGCUCCCGUCAGCGAGAUAAGCUCAAGAGAGCACGCCCUCCUUGUGGCAGCACUUUCGUCGCUCAAGAGCGGCGCACCUGAGCUGGACAUGGACCUGUUCGUGAAGUUUGGAAACUUCAAGACCAAGAAGACUGCUCUCAACCAGUGGGCUCUUCUGAAGAAGAAGCUGCUCGCGCGCCCAAAAGAGGGCGAGGAGGGCUACAAGGCCCCCGUCCCGGCCACGCCAAAAAAGACUCCGGGCAGAAAGCGCGCCAAGAAAGAGUCGGACGAGGGCAACGACCUCGACGAUGAGGGCGAGGCCGUGAAGAAGGGCAAGACUCCCCGAAAGACGGCUGCCAAGAACGCGAAGAAGGGGCCUGACGAUGGCGCUGCUGAAGACGAGGCCGUCGCCGGAGCCGACACUGGCGCCUCCCCACCAUCGAUCAAGAAGCCACGCGGCCGACCACGCAAGAAUGCUGCUACUGCUGCUUUCAAGCCUGUCAAAACGGAUACCUUUGCAGAACAGGCUGCUGCCGCUGCCGCUGACAGCGAGCAUGUCGACUCCGUCGACCCAGCUGAGAUGGUGCCCGCUGCGCAGCGACAGGAGACUUCCAUUCCUGUCGCUGUCGACGAGAACACCAACAUGGAGGGUGUUCUUGAGACGACAGAGUGAGUGGUCAUUCCGACCACUACACUGCCGACACACGCUUCUUGCAGAGACUCCUUUUUCUCUACAUGAGCUGGGCGGGCCUCACAUGCAUGGGCUCUGAAAUUCAAGUCUUGCACGUGGUUGAGGCGGGCAACACACUCUUCACUCUUCUCGUAGCUGCACUUGCUGUAGUAUAGCAGGUGCGUUGGGCUACAUACUCCGGUGAAUGUCACGAAACUAUCACAAUC